AUGUUGUCAUUCUGUCCUCAAUGUAACAACAUGUUGCUAGUCGCGCCUACAGAUACAGGUGUCUAUUCACUGACAUGCAAAUCAUGUCCAUACGAAUUUCCUAUAGAUGAUAUUGAAAUAUAUGAUAGAAAGAAAUUACCAAGAAAGGAAGUUGACGAUGUGCUUGGUGGUGGUUGGGAUAAUGUGGAUCAAACGAAAGUUCAAUGUCCUAAUUAUGAUACCUGUCAUGGUGAAAGUGCAUAUUUCUUCCAGUUACAAAUUAGAUCUGCUGAUGAACCUAUGACUACUUUCUAUAAAUGUGUGAAUUGUGGUAAUAGAUGGAAAGAAAAUUAA